GCCCCGUCCCGGAGGAGGAGCCGGCCCGGCAGGUGUGCCGGCAGCCCGGCCCAGCCCUCCCCAGCCCGGGAGGGCUUUGCUUUCGGCACCGAGAUGAGUUGAGAGCCGGAGAACGAGGGAGAUGGAGCGGCUGGAGGCGAAUGGCAGCUGCAGCAACGGGUCUCUGGUCACCCUUUCGUGCCUUUCUCACCGGGUCGUCUGCCAAGUGAUAGGCAAUGCUGACCCAGCUGACUCUGCCCAGGACAAUGGAACUUUGGAUAACUACUGGAUAACCCGUCUAGAAAGCAAUUAUGGUUUCUACAUUGGCCUGGGCUUGGCUGUCUUCUCCAGUUUCCUCAUUGGAAGCAGUGUCAUCCUCAAGAAGAAGGGGCUGCUACGGCUGGUGGAGAAGGGAGGCACUAGGGCAGGAGAUGGAGGCCAUGGCUACCUAAAGGACUGGCUUUGGUGGGCUGGCUUGUUAACCAUGGGUGGAGGGGAAGCCGCCAACUUUGCCGCCUAUGCUUUUGCUCCUGCGACUAUCGUCACGCCUCUGGGGGCUCUGAGCGUGCUCAUAAGUGCCAUUCUGUCGUCAUAUCUGCUUGGAGAACGGCUCAACCUGCUAGGAAAGCUGGGCUGCAUGCUGAGCCUCGUGGGGAGCACUGUGAUGGUGAUACAUGCCCCAGAGGAUGAGGAGGUCACCACUCUGGAUGAAAUGUUGUCUAAGCUGAAAGAACCAGGUUUCCUCACUUAUGCUGCGAUCCUCUUGGCUGUCUGCUUCCUUUUGAUCUUCUAUCUUGCACCCCGCUAUGGCCAGACCAACAUCCUCAUAUACCUCACCAUCUGCUCCGUUAUUGGUGCCUUCUCUGUGUCCUCAGUCAAAGGUCUGGGUAUUGCCAUUAAAGGCUUCUUUGCUGGCCGGCCAGUGCUGCAGCACCCGUUGACGUGGAUCUUAGUCAUCACACUGGUGGCAUCCAUCACUACACAAAUUAACUACCUCAAUAAGUCUCUGGACAUUUUCAACACCUCUUUGGUGUUUCCCAUCUACUAUGUACUGUUUACUACCAUCGUCAUCACAACUUCCAUCAUCCUCUUUAAGGAAUGGGUCACCAUGACCAUAGUGGACAUAAUUGGGACAGUUUGUGGCUUUUUCACCAUCAUUUUAGGAGUGUUUUUACUCCAUGCCUUUAAAGACAUGGACAUCAGUUUAGGGAAUCUACCGCAAGUCUUCCAGAAUGAACAGCAAGCACCCAUCAUCCGAGAUGACAAGAAUAUCCUGAUAGAGGUGGACAACUCCAGCGUCGCCCCAGAGGAUAAACCCAAAGUGCUUGCAUGAACUCUAAAAUACACACCAGCAUCUCAAACGGAAGUGGGAGACAAGGACUGAAUGCACCACACCUGCUAUUCAGACUCUGCUAUCAAUCUUUAAUUACUUGUUCUGCAAAUAUGAGUCAAGAAUGUUGGUGAAUAUGGGUAAAACUUGGCAAAUUUUGGAAUAGUUGCUCACUUAGGCUCAGGGGCAGGACCCAAGCCGUGAAGUGUUUUUACAGGACCAUGGCAGAGAAAUAUUUUUCCACUCUUGUUUUUUCGAGGUAAAGGAGUUUCCCUGCAGCACAGUGAUAAUUAGUAUUCUGUGGAGGUUUGUUUGGGCUUUUUCUCUUUACCAGCUAUGGUGCCCAGGCCAUGUUGAUGGGGUUUGUGAAGCUGCUGGGCCUGAUUCCAAGCAAGAGGCAGCCCCACUCAGGCUGGGAAGCUCUGGCGGGGUAAACUGUAUCAGGAGAAACACUGCCCUCAUCCUCGAGACUUUUUGUGGUCUUUGAAAAAAUCUUUUCAGCCUGAAAGAGUGAGUGGCUGUAAACUUUAAGAUUUUUUUUUUUUUCCUUAGCAAAUGUCUUGACCUUGGAAAGCCCCUCCAACUCUUUGAGCCCCAUGACCUGUCCUGCUAUAAAUCUUUUAAGCCCCAAAGCUUUUUUGGUUUUGUUUUUGUUUAGAGGGAGGUAUGAGCUCUGUGUUAAGAGCCAAGCAGACAUAAUUUGGGUGAUGCUCUGCAGAGCUGUACAGAUGCAGUUUAUCCCAGAGUGGUCCCAUUCACCCCCCUCCAUCUCUCUCAGUAUAGUAUGGAUGUUAUCUGAGCUCUUUGUCACAGCUCACCUUCAAAACUCCCCUGGAUUUGUAUCAGUGGUGAGGACGAAGGACUGAGAGGCAUAACAUUUUCAGAUGGAAGGUGAAAAAGGAAGGUAUUACCAUAGUUAAAAGUUUCUUCCGUCUUGCUGCGGGGUUUAUAGUACAGGGAGACUGGAGCCCAUUUUUCUCACAGCAGAUCCCAAACAGGGAUCAGCAAAGCCUGAGUCUUGGUCCAGAGGCAGCUUUGGCUGGAUUAGCCCUCAACCACAGCACACACUGAUGCCGUCUGGGAUGCUGAUCUUGUUAUACCUGGGUCUGAACAUUGUUGAGUAAAUGAAGCUUGGGGUUGGAGGGGAGAGGAAUAUAGAAUCUCUGAUUUUAAUAACAUUUCAGUACUUUUUUUUGGAAUGUGGAAAUGGAAAUAAAGACUUUUUCUAAAAAAAAAAAAAAAAUCCAAAACAAACAAACGAAAGAAACCGACAAAAAAAACCCUAACCAAACAAUCAUUUCAAGUAGAUCUGAAAGAUUUUAAUGAUUUAUCUGAUUUUAUCAGUGUAGCCCUAAAUGAUAAACAGGCUGAAGGACAGCUAAGUACAUCAGAAAGAGCAUCUGGGGCAGAGAGUAAAAGAGCAGCGACCUCCUUUGGUAGCAAAACGUAAUCCAAGCAGUUCCCCCCAGCUUUGGUUUUGGCGUCCUAAUUGGUGUAAUGCUUUACGUGAGUUAUUGUAGAAAUAGAUUGUAAAUGGGACUCAUCCUUCUCACUGGCUAGAACUGCAUUUCAUUAAGACAGUUCCUCCAGCUAUCCUGCCAUCUCUGGACAAAUGCCACCUAUAAAAUGAAGGUUGCAACCAAGGUAACAAAAUAGCACACAGUGACAGAAAGUUUGUUAACGACAACUGACAAAUUUAUUAAAACUAGGCAAAAGGCACAAUGAAUGGCAUUCUUCAAGUAUUUGCAUAGAUGCACAGAGACCAUUAUUGUAAACCAUUAAUAUGUGGACACAGGAGAAAGUGAGAUGUAUUUUGGUGUGUAUUUUCCCAAGUAACAUCAUCUUCUACUCCUCCUGCACUUCUCCUAUUCUCAUUCACUCAACUUGCAGUCAUAUGAAAAUUUAAAAGGACUUACUUAAAACUGCCUUUUGGAGACUAUGAUAUCCCAGCAAUAAAGUUUUCCAUUAGGGUUUGGGCAUAUCCAGUUGUUCUCUGUGUGUCUGAGGGACAUUUUUAAAAAGCUCGAUCCCAUGCUCACAUGAAAUGCAGUAAAAAUAUUCUUAGUGGUGUUUGAUGGCCAUUUGAUAAAGCUCAGGGGCUGUAGCAGAAGUAUGGUGCUGUCUUCAGUGAGGGCUUCUUGUGGUUGAAUCUCUACUACCACAAUGUAUGUACCAUGUGUCCAGCUUACUGCUACAGCUGGGAGCAGUAAAAUAUGCUAUUAUAUAGGCACAUUAGCUGCAUCACAAGAAACAACAAAUAUGGGAGUUAUUUGAAUAUACAGGUUGUUUAUAUGUAAUAUACUUCACCUAUAGAAAAAGACAUACAAAGAUUAGAAAGUUCAUGCUUCAUUUGCCAUCCCUUAUUUGAGAGAAAAGUAUUUUAGGUUGGUUUGUUUUCUAAAUAUAUAGGAGGUAAGAAAAAGACCAAAAUUAUCAAGAUAAGGAAUAAUCAACAAGAAAUUCAAGAGACACACUGUGUACUGUUUUCUUGUGGAGAAAGAGGUAGUAAAGUUGCCAAAAACUAGCGUGGUUUGUCAUCCUACAGACACACUAGUACACGUAACUGUGAAUUUAAUGAGUGCUCAGGGUUUAUGUGCAUUUUUCUUCAAUCAGUAGAGCUGAGGGAAAGAGAACCAUCAGACAAGACUUUUUCUCUAUGCCAAUAAUACACUUUUCACAUGUGCAGCAGCAAUCACACUGUUUGAGGAUCUGUCAUUAUAAAUCACACACAACAGAACUGUUGUUGUAACCAUAGCUCCAGAAUUCCCUGUGUUCUCCUAGGAAAUUGUUUCAAGGAAAAAAAAAUUGGCAUAGCAAAAGGUCAUCUUUUAAAAUCCUGAGAAAACAUGUACACAAGCCUAAACACUAGAAGAAAAAAACCAAGAAAUUCAUAAGGGAGGGUCCUCAGGGUCAGAACCACCAGCUGCUUAAAGUGCACCCAGACAGCUCCCUACACCCAUGUCCUGGAGGAAAAAAAAUGGAGUAAAUGAGCUGUCCUACAAAAGCACCAUAUGUUUCGGUAAUGUUUCUGCUGUUUUACCACCUGGGCAAUUUCAAGGGAGGUUUCUUAGUGGUAUGGGGAGCACACAGCCCGUGCCGAAUUGCUGCUCGGCAUGGCCUGAAGCCUGAGGAAGAAGUGUCUUCUGAUCCAUGGUACCGCAUACCGGAGAGUAAGUUUCAGUACUGCCUUUUGCUGAUCUUCCUUUUGGCCAUCUGCUCUGUAUCUUGGCCAGAAAGUUUCCUUCUAGUACCGUGACUGUGACACAGAUGAGGCUGCAUGGGCCACGGUGGAGAUGCUCGUUUUGGGUCUUGCACCACUGAGGCAAGACAAGCAAGUGCUGCAGGACAGGUUGCAACACUCUUGCUGAAAAUGGUUAAAUGGGAAAAAUAAUUAAACUGCUCUAUUCAAGCUAAACAAAAUCCAUGGUGACCUACAAAUUAUUUUAACCAGGAAUAUUUUCAUGGUUUGCUCCCUGUUUUGGCCCCCUUUGCCACCCACUGUAAACUGAGAGGAAGCUGAAGAAAGUUAUCAAUGGCUGCCUUCUGCUCUCCCAAGAGGCAGCGGUUUCUGUAUAGCACCAAUAUACGCUCCUGCAGCUGCGUGGAUGGGCUGAGGAAGCCAGCAGGGCUCAGUCUUAAAUGAAAGCCCAUCAGGGCCAGCACCUGCACUCAUAGCUUGUUCUCCCUGGUAACGCUUAAAUAACUGAAUAAAAACACGAGAAGCCCACAUCACCCCAUCCCUGCAUUGGAUAUUGCACAAUAAUAUUUAAGUACCGUAUAAACAAGUCAUCCCUAUAUGGAAAAAGGCGAUCAGCAGAGGGUGCUGAGUUCAGCUUGGCAUGUACCAGCACAGUUCCUGGGGGGCUCCUGCCAAGCCUGACUGCAGCUUGUUGAGUCACAUGGAAACAAGUUAGUCCAGAAGAAAGGAACCCAUACAUUGACAUUAUUUUCUGU